CGGCAGCGCCUACAUCGAAACGAACGCACCGUACAGCGGCAGAGUGUCACUCACACAUCUUUCAAAGAAGAAACACAUCACGGAAGCAAACCCAACCAUCGGGCAACAACCCAUUCCCAUUACAAAACGAAACCGCGUCCCCCCACACUCCCGUUUGCAGCGCACAACACACGCACAAACACAAACACAAAGACGCCGCAACGAACACAGGCAACAAUGAGGCAGACCGUGGCGAUUCGAUUGGCACGAUCGGUCGGAUUCCCAUCGAGGCAUUCCGCCGGGCACCCGGCGAGGCACCUCUCCUCGUACGGAAGGGCGGGCGGGGAAUUCCAGAACCACCAGCAGAGCGGCACCGAGCCGCCGCAGCGGACCCACGCCCAGAGCGCCGAGGGAUCCCGGCAGCCGGGCCAGCAGCAGCGCGGCUUCACCAGCAUCAACAACCGAACGCCCUACAACCUCUGCUUUUUGCGCCACGGCCAGAGCACCUGGAACCGGGACAACCGGUUCAUCGGGUGGACGGACACCCCCCUGACCGACGACGGGGUCCUCGAGGCGCGGGUGGCCGGAAAAAUGCUCAAGAACAGCGGGAUUCUCUUCGACGAGGUCCACACCUCGCUCCUGAGGCGGUGCAUCCGAACGACCAACCUCGUCCUGAUGGAGGUGGAGCAGGAGUACAUUCCCGUGCACAAGGUAAGCAACGCCGCGGUGGCUGCUUCGGGCGGGCGACAGGCAACGGCUCUGGCAGAACCGAUUUUCGUUUCGGCGCUGGCUGGUGGAAUCGUUGGUGUUGGGCCGUUCCGGUGGCUGAUAUCGUUGUUGUCGUGGUGGCUCUUGCUGUUGUCGUUGUCGUCGUCGUCKUCGUUGUCGUUUUUGUUCUAUCGUCAACAAUCUCACGUUGUGAUUUCUUCCCCGGAUUGCGUGGUCCCUGUUCCGACUCGAAGCACUGGCGGCUGAACGAACGGAAUUACGGAGAGCUCGUCGGGAAAAACAAAAAGGAGACGGUCAAACUGCACGGAAAGGAGCAGGUGAAACAGUGGAGGAGAUCCUACGACCAGCCACCGCCGGAGAUGUGCGACCACCACAAAUACCAUCCCGCCAGGGACCCCAGGUAUAGGCAGAUGAAGCACCUCAUUCCCAAAUCGGAGUCCCUGAAAGAAACCAAAGCCAGGUCGAGCGUGUACUGGGACGACGUGAUCGCCCCCGAGCUCCGCGCGGGAAAAACCCUCCUAAUCGUGGGCCACGAGAACAACCUCCGAUCGAUGAUCAUGAGGCUCGAGGGCAUCCCGAAGGAAGACAUUAUCAAUCUGUGCCUUCCCCGGGCCGUCCCGCUGGCCUACAGGCUCGACGAAAACCUCAAGCCCAUCGACCGCCCGGACGGAAAACUCGACGAGGCCACGGGGUUUCUGAGGGGCGAGUGGCUCGGGGGGGACCAGGCGGUCCUCGAAAUCCUGGAGCGAGACCGGAAGCAGGUGUACGACACGACCAUUCGGAAAAACCUGGAAACCUGCGACGCCGAUCGGAACAAGUGGAAGGAUUGGAUGAACCUGGUGGUCGGAAAAGCCGGCCCGGAAGCCCAGGCAAAGAGCAACCCGGGAGAAAAGGCCGCCUAGGAUAUUCCAACAAACCAAUACUUUUGGCACGGCACAAUGACCAAGAAAACAGUGCGGGGAGGUGUACACAACGAACUAAAAAGCUAAUAGAAAACCACGUCGUUAUCACUCGACAAAGCGGUUCCGCCGUCACAUUGUACAACAACGAUAGAACAAUUCACAAUCCGUUUCAGACGACCGUAUAUUUUGGUGCGCGACCGAAAAGGAUAAUGAAAUAGCAAAAUUUAA